GCUGCUCUGAGUCUCGAGCUCCACACUGCACCUCACGCGCUCUGUCCUGCUGCAGGUCAGGAGAUGCUUACAGGAUUUCUGUGUUUCUUCUUCUGAAAACACCUCCAUGUCUCAUCGCUUUACCAGACCCAUAGCCUUUAACUUUAGUUAACAAUCCCUGGAAGUGGAAGUGUGAACGCAUAUUUUGAGGAAACUCUCAUCUUAGAAACUUUGACCGCAGUGCGCGCGCGCCUCAAAGCGGAUCCAUGAGUUUGGACCGAGUUGGUACUUUCGCAUAGAACUGGUAUUUCCCACAAUGAUGCUCUCCCUCCUGUGGCACUGUGUCUUUGUCCUCCUGGGCUUGUCUUGCUGCCUUAUGGGAGUGACAUCAUCUCUGAACCUGGAGGACCCUAAUGUCUGCAGCCACUGGGAAAGUUACUCGGUCACCGUGCAGGAGUCCUACGCACAUCCGUAUGACCAGGUGUAUUACACCAGCUGCACUGACAUCCUCACAUGGUUCAAGUGCACACGCCACAGGGUGAGCUACAAGACGGCAUACCGAAGGGGAAACAAGACCAUGUAUCGCCGCAAGUCUCAGUGCUGCCCAGGUUUCUAUGAGAGCAAGGAGAUGUGUGUUCCACACUGUGCUGAGAAAUGCGUGCACGGCCGCUGCGUGGCCCCCAACACCUGUCAGUGUGAACCCGGCUGGGGAGGAGCCGAUUGCUCCAGCGCAUGUGACAGUAGUCACUGGGGUCCUCACUGCAGUAACCGGUGUCAGUGUAAAAAUGGAGCACUGUGUAACCCCAUCACAGGAGCGUGUAUCUGCACAACUGGCUACCGUGGUUGGCGGUGUGAGGAGCGCUGCGAGCCAGGCACCUAUGGUAACAACUGCCAGCAGAAAUGCCAGUGCCAAAACAAUGCCACCUGCCACCACGUCACAGGGGAGUGCACAUGCAGCCCUGGGUAUACUGGAGCAUUUUGUGAAGAUCUGUGUCCUCCAGGUAAACACGGGCAGCAAUGUGAGGAGCGCUGUCCCUGCCAGAACGGUGGAGUGUGUCACCACGUAACUGGAGAAUGUUCCUGUCCUUCCGGCUGGAUGGGAAUGGUGUGUGGACAGCCCUGUCCCAAAGGGCGCUUUGGUAGGAAUUGCUCACAAGAAUGUCAGUGUCACAAUGGAGGAACCUGCUCUUCCUCUACAGGAGAGUGUUAUUGCAGUCCAGGCUACACUGGGGAGAGGUGCCAGGAUGAAUGUCCGAUUGGCAAGUACGGUGUGAACUGCCGCCAGACUUGUCGUUGUGAAAACGGAGCCAAGUGUUACCACAUUAGCGGUGCUUGUCUGUGCGAGCCAGGUUUCACGGGAGAGAUGUGUGAAACCCGAAUCUGCCCAAAGGGCAUCUACGGCCUCAAGUGUGACAAGAAGUGCCCGUGCCAUGCCCCAAACACCCAAAGCUGCCACCCUGUAUCAGGUGAGUGCUUGUGCCAGCCUGGUUGGUCAGGUAUCUACUGCAAUGAGACGUGUGCACCAGGCUUCUACGGCGAGGAGUGUCAGCAGGUGUGUCAGUGUCAGAAUGGUGCAGACUGCCACAGCGUGAACGGAGAGUGUAUCUGUGCUCCAGGCUUUCAGGGCGCAGAUUGCUCUAUACGCUGUCCAGAAGGGAUGUAUGGGGUGAAUUGCUCCUCCGCUUGCACCUGUAAGAAUGGAGCUAAGUGCUCACCUGUGGAUGGAUCCUGCACAUGCAAAGCAGGCUGGCAUGGAGUGCACUGCUCUAUAAACUGCCCCAGCGGCACGUGGGGACUCGGCUGUAACCUCACCUGCAUGUGUGGGAAUGGUGGAGCGUGUAAUGCUCUAGAUGGCCAGUGUACCUGUGCUCCAGGCUGGAGAGGUGAACGAUGUGAUGUGCACUGCCAGGAUGGGACGUAUGGCAUGGAUUGUCGAGAGCGUUGUGACUGCAGUCAUGCUGAUGGCUGUCACCCUGCAACUGGACACUGCCGCUGUCUCGCAGGCUGGACAGGGAUCCACUGUGACAGUGUGUGUGCUGAGGGUCGCUGGGGGCCAAACUGCUCUCUGCCCUGUAACUGUAAGAAUGGUGCAUCUUGCUCACCUGAUGAAGGCACGUGUGAAUGUGCUCCUGGAUUCAGAGGCACCACCUGCCAGCGCAUCUGUUCUCCAGGUUACUUCGGGCACCGCUGCAGUCAGGCGUGUCCCCAGUGUGUGCACAGUAACGGCCCGUGUCAUCAUGUGACAGGCCAGUGUGACUGUCUCCCUGGAUUUAAAGGAGCUCUUUGCAAUGAAGUGUGUCCCAGUGGCAAGUUUGGGAAGAAUUGUGCCGGGACAUGCACCUGCACCAACAACGGCACGUGUAACCCCAUCGACGGCUCGUGCCAGUGUUACCCGGGCUGGAUUGGCAGUGACUGCUCACAGCCUUGUCCUCCUGGUUACUGGGGCCCUAACUGCAUCCACACAUGUAACUGCCAUAAUGGAGCGUACUGCAGCGCAUAUGACGGAGAAUGCAAGUGUACACCAGGAUGGACCGGUCUUUACUGCACACAACGCUGUCCGUUAGGUUUCUAUGGUAAAGACUGUUCCCAGAGCUGUCAGUGUCAGAAUGGUGCAGACUGUGACCACAUCUCUGGGCAGUGUACCUGCCGCAGAGGCUUCAUGGGACGACACUGUGAACAAAGAUGUCCGCCUGGUACAUACGGUUUUGGCUGUCGGCAGGUCUGUGAAUGCUUAAAUAAUUCCACUUGUGAUCACAUGACUGGGACGUGUUACUGCAACCCAGGCUGGAAGGGAUCCCGAUGUGACCAAGUUGGUGUAAUCAUCGUAGGCAACACUAACAGUCUGACCAGUGCAGCAGUUCCAGUUGAUUCCUAUCAGAUUGGUGCCAUUGCUGGAAUUAUUGUCCUGGUGCUCAUGGUGCUCUUCCUCCUCCUCCUCUUUAUCAUCUACCGCAAAAAGCAGAAGGGAAAAGAGCCUGCAAUGCCGUCUGUCACUUACACCCCUGCCAUGCGGGUUAACACAGACUACACCAUUGCAGAUGCAGUACCACAAACAAAUGAGGUUCAUCCCAACAGUAACUACUUCUCUAACCCCAGCUAUCACACUCUGGCUCAGUGCACCAGCCCACCUCAUGUCAACAACCUGCCUUAUGGAAAAGCGAAGAACAACCAGUUGUUUGUGAACCUGAAGAAUGUGGAGCAGAGAAAAAGACCUUCUCUGAUGGAGCACACUGGAACGUUGCCUGCUGACUGGAAACAGGGCAGCUGCUUCAACGAGCUCGGAGCAUAUGGAGUUGACAGACGUUACCUUGGAAAAUCUCUUCGAGAUCUGGUAAAAGCCGUGCCCUACCACGCCAGCUCCUGCUCCCUAAACUCAGAGAACCCCUAUGCCACGAUUAAAGACCCACCUCUCCUACUGCCCAAGAACACAGAGUGCGGCUACGUGGAGAUGAAGUCACCUACACAGAGAGACUCUCCCUAUGCGGAGAUACACAACUCCAGUCCUACAAACAAAAACGUAUAUGAAGUUGAGCCAACAGUUAGUUCAGUCUACACAUCUGCCAACAACAACUGCAACGGACCAUUUGGCCAGGACCCUUACGACUUACCAAAGAACAGCCACAUCCCCUGUCAUUAUGACCUGCUGCCCACGCGAGACAGCACGCCGUCCCCCCAGAAAGAGCUGGAAAAGGAAUGAGCUCUCAGAGACCUGACCAAAACACACCAUUCCCACUGCGACCAACACACCUUCUGUGGUUCCUUCAGCCUCACAUAGUGGCUUAUUAUACACUUUCUGCAUAUCUCCACACCAGUAUACUACUUUUGAAAGUUUUUUGUUUGUUUGUUUACAGCUGUUUAAGUUUCUUUCUUUUGUUUUCUGUAGUCUCAUGAUAAUCAUUCUUAAUCUCUUCUUAAUUCUUUUCUUACGUUAAGAAACAUAUUUCGAAUUUCUGUUUCUUUCAGUAGCAAAAACCCAUAUUGGAAAUAAGAUGGAGGGAUUUCUAUGAAGGAGGUGAUGUUAUAUAGCAGAUUUACACAGUAACUUUUCUCAAACGAAUCAUUCCAUUGAUGAAAACAUAUCUCUUGGAAAUACAGAGUGAACCUUGAAUUUAUUUUUGUAAAAAAAAAAUAUAUAUAUAACUGUUUUGAGACUUGUUCAGUAUUUGAUGCCGGAAAGGCGUUUGGAUUGUGUGUGUUUUUUUUAUUUAGAGUUAAUAUUACCACCAUCUGUGUUGAGAAUUUGUGUUUUCUCAGCAACUCUGCGUUAUUCACGGCCGUUUUAGGAGCUCAGGGUGCACCGAUCCGAUACCAAGUAUAUUAUCAGGGCUGACUUUGGUCUGAAUUGCUGGAGUGGAAUAGGAUUUUUCAGCUAGUGUAAUGCAGAUACAAGUCAAGAGCUCAGUUAAUGUUCACAUAAAACAUCAGAAUGACACAAAAGUGAUCAUAGAAACUUUCACUGUUAGAUGGCUGUUGGUGCUAGACAGGCUGAUUUCAAGCUUUUCACAUACAACCUGUCUAAGAAAAGAUUAGAAAAUAGCAAGGGUUUUUUCCAGUUUGUAAAUUCCCAGUUUGGUGAGUCUGUGCACCUCAUAUUCCUGUACUGGGCUGGCAGGACUGGAACCUCAUGUGGUUUUCCUGUCAGCUCGAAGCAGUCUGGCCACUGUCCUCUGACCUCUCUCAUCAACUAUGGCUUUAGUUUACACAAUACACAAACUGUUCCUUCUGGCACCAAUGACCCGACCACGGUCAAAUGGUUUUAUCCAUUUGUCUACAGCUCUUGGCCUGUAUGUGAAAAAAAUGAAAAAUUAGAGCAUUGCUCUAAUUAGCUAUAAUUAGAUAGAUUGCAUGAAUAGGUUUAUGUCUUCCUAGGAAAAUUGGUGUUUUUUCUGAUCCACUGACACCAUGAUUGUGUCACAGCUGGCUGAGAUCAUGACUCGACAUCAGUAUCAGAUCAGUAACAAGUAUCAGUAUAUUCUCAGACUCUGAUAUUGGCAUUAAUUAAAACUGAAAAUGCAAAACGUGGCAUUCGGUGCAUCCUUUGUUAGCAGGCUUUGUUAUCAUCCAUACUAAAUUUAACCAAAGGACAAAGUGCCAUAAUUAAUGCUUUGUUUCUUCAUGUGUAUUGACUCUUCUGGUAUUUAUUAGAUGACUGCUCAUCAGUUCUGUUCUGUGUAGCCCAAGGGUGUAUACUCACCAAAUCACUAAUACUGUGAUCAGAGCUACAGUUAACACUUUGAUCCCAAAUACAGUAACACACCUCUGCCUGUAAUGACUUUAUCCGCCUCCAGGGGAAAUAUUUAGACAUUUUAAAUGGAAAUUUAAAUGGAAACAAUUGAUUAUCACCUGAGAGCAAAACACGACCUUAACACAAAAUGCUUAAGCUGGACUUUUGCAGUGAAGUGAAGUUGACUGACAUUAAGAUCAAUUCUGGGUCAAGGGGUUUGUUUUAUUUGGACACCAAACUUUUUUUAAAGUCUUUAUAUGUCAUGUAAAAUUUUGCAUCGAAUCGAACGAACACAGACAGACGACAGUCUUAAUUUCCUCUGAGCCAGAUGUUACAUUUGUAUUAUAAUAAUAAUAAUAAUAAUAAUAAUAAUAAUAAUAAUAAUAAUAAUAAUAUGCAUUUGUAUAAUUGUAUAUAGCUCUUACUUAUAGAAAAAAGCCAUAGGACAUAGGACAUUAUGUUUGGGAAGUGUGUGAAAAAUACACUCAAUACCGUGUCUCCUGUUUGUAAUGUUAAUUAGUAUUUCAUGGAAAACUCUGCUCUGUGUCUUUAUUUAGGUUAAGUUACAGUUUUUCUUUCUUUUUUCUUUUUUAAAUAAAAAAUUAAGCCCCAUUUACAAAUUACAGCAUGUCGAUUGCUGCUUAAACAUGCAGAAUAUUUCAGUCUCUGUUGGUCAUAUUAGUGACCAGUACAGGUGCAUUUCAGUGAAACACCUCCCUAACAGGACGAAUGUUGUUUAAAAGAUUAUUCCCAUUCAAUAUUAUUCAAAAUGGCAUUUCUAUAUUGAUCUUUUUUAUUUUUUUAUACUGUUUUCUUCACAGUAAUUUAGAUGUUGAUAGAUUAUGGUUGGAAAAGCCGGUGCAGAAUUGUUUUAACAGAACUGGGAGGUUAUAUAUAUAUUUUUUCCUUAAUAUUGUGUGUUUUAUAAGAAUGGAAUGAAAUUGCACAGCCGUCAUCCUUUUCCCCAAAGAACACCCAUGACAAUGGUAUUUGCCUCCAGAUUCCCACUUUUCUUACAUGCUUUGUUUUGUAUUUUUAUUUUUCUGUAGUGUAUGUGUACUGUUUGUGAAAUUUGGCUUUACAAUAAAAUGACAAAAUGUGUCACAUCA